GCUGGCUGAACAGGUCUAGAUAUCAAUACAUUACAACAUCUUUGGAACUGUGGCUUCAGUGACAGUCCCCCUGAUUUUUGGCUAUAGGUUCUUGAGCUGAAAGUCAGAAUUUCCUGGGCUGAGCUGCCUAGGUACCGAGGCUCUGUGGUUCUUGGAGGGGUUAAAGUUGGAGCCACUGAUGCAUAUAUUUUAGGGAGGAUUCAUAAAAACACGACACUGGAGCCUGGGUCAAUCCAUUACUGGGAAUGAGCAGUGACCAAUAGAAAGGGAAGAAGAAGAUCCAAGAAGGCUGAGGUACUAUAAUGGCAACCACAAUCUGUUUCAUCAUCUGGGUGUUAUUCAUAACAGAUACUGUAUGGACUCGAAGUGUGAGACAGGUCUAUGACGUAAGUGAUCAAGAGGAUUGGGCUGUGCAUGACUUUGACUGUCCCAGGGAAUGCUUCUGUCCCCCUAGUUUCCCUACCGCUUUAUACUGUGAAAAUCGAGGUCUCAAAGAAAUCCCUCCUAUUCCUUCAAGGAUCUGGUAUCUUUAUCUUGAGAACAACUUGAUAGAGACCAUUCCUGAGAAGCCUUUUGAGAAUGCCACCCAGCUGCGAUGGAUCAAUCUAAAUAAGAACAAAAUAACCAACUAUGGAAUUGAAAAAGGAGCCCUGAGCCAACUGAAGAAGCUGCUUUUCUUAUUUCUGGAAGAUAAUGAGCUGGAGGAGGUACCUUCUCCAUUGCCAAGAAGUUUAGAACAACUACAACUGGCCAGAAACAAGGUGUCCAGAAUUCCUCAAGGGACCUUCAGCAAUCUAGAGAACUUGACUCUUCUUGACCUGCAGCACAAUAAACUGCUAGACAAUGCCUUUCAGAGAGACACCUUCAAGGGUCUCAAGAACCUAAUGCAGCUAAAUAUGGCCAAGAAUGCCCUAAGGAAUAUGCCACCAAGAUUACCAGCCAAUACAAUGCAGCUGUUUCUGGACAACAAUUCCAUUGAAGGAAUACCGGAAAAUUACUUUAAUGUGAUUCCUAAAGUGGCCUUUCUGCGACUAAACCACAACAAAUUAUCAGAUGCAGGGCUCCCUUCAAGCGGUUUUGAUGUAUCCUCAAUUCUAGAUCUUCAACUGUCUCACAAUCAACUCACAAAGGUCCCCCGAAUCAGUGCUCAUUUACAGCACCUUCAUCUUGAUCAUAACAAAAUUAAAAAUGUGAACGUCUCUGUAAUAUGUCCUCCCAUACUGCCGGCAGAACGAGACUUCUUUGGUUAUGGACCUCACCUUCGCUACCUCCGUCUGGAUGGAAAUGAAAUCAAACCACCAAUUCCAAUGGAUUUAAUGAACUGCUUCAGGCUCCUUCAGGUUGUCAUUAUUUAAACACAUCUUCAACAUCUAAAAUUUGUUUAAUGAGCUAAUAUUUCUGAAAUGAAAUUUGGUUACCAUUCAUAACUUUAAGACAAAAGUCACAUUUCCAAUUGCUCUUGGCCACCAUUUUCGUUUGUAUAGCUUAUGUUUUCUAUUCAAAGAUGCUUUCACCAAUGAUAUGUAGCAGAGCUGGCUUUUCUUUAAUUGAUAAAACAGACACAGAGUUCAGAUAGUUUAUCAACUCAAAGAUAGCUCUUUUUUGUCUCUUCCACAGCUUACUAAUAUCAAACAAUGCAGCUGCAUUGUUAUGCAAUAUAAAAUACAUAUUGGUUUGCAUAUGUUCAAAAUUGCUUAUGCUGAUAUUAUAGUAGAAGUACAGUAAUCUAACAGGAGAUAAGGAGAUCUGAAAAAAUGAGAAAAAAUGAGAUAUUUCUUCAUCAUAAUUAAUUUCAGAUUGCUAAAGUAGCAUUAGUAAGUAUAAGUGUAGCAUUUAGCUCAAGAACGGUUAUGAAAUGUAUUAAAUACUUCAUGAAAGGAGACUUUUAGUCAUUUAAUACCAAAUAACAGAAAAAACAGUAAAGUUCAGUUUACUACUAUUUUUUAUAGCUGCUGUUUUUAAUAUAGUACAGUGUACUCUAUCAAUUAAACAAGUCCUACGUUUUACACUUAUUAUAACAUAUUUCUCACAGAAUCUUAGUGUUUAACUUUUGAAAUCCUUUUGAAUUGCAAAUUGUUCAGCUCUCAUAUUUGCCAGUGGUUUUGGAUUUUUUAAAUAAAAAGAGUGAAUGCUUUCUAACAAAA